AUGCCGUCCACCGCACACGCAGCGGCUCACCGCCCGCCACUGCACUCCACCUUGUCACCGGCGCAGCACCACGACCUAAGCCUCGAGCUCUUCCAUCGCUUCAUGACCUACGAGACAUCAUGGAAUCAGGAACGCUCGCCGGAUUAUGCGGAUCCACCAGCUUCACCCGACGCCACGCUCCGAUCCUGCUCGUCGCCCACCUUCUCAGCCACGUCAGGCCUGCCCAUUCCUGAUCCUCGCCGCGAGAUCCGUGCCAUGCCUACAAGAAAGUCACAGUCUUCUGCGUCAACACGUCCCUCGGCAUUCCCAGCCGUCCCAACCGCCCUCCCACACCUGGUCGCCGACGAGGAGACAGCAUCGUCCAGCACGCCUUCUCAUGCAUCUCCAAAGACGCCAGAGCGCCUCUCCAACGGUGCAGCAGCCGCAUCCAAUCAUGGCCGUGCUCCGCCUACAGACCCGCAUGCUCUCUCGAGUCAAUUCCAACAGCUCAGCGUCCAGCCAAGCCACCAUCCGUCCUCUCACAAGUCGCCGCACGCUUCUCACCACCUCGCCGACACCUCGGCCACGACGGCCGCCUUUCGCUUCCCUACCCUUCCGUCCAAACUGACCGACGAGAGCUACCACUACCGCCAGCGUGCUGCACACUUUAUCCUGCUCUGGAGCCAGGAGGCCGCUCCCGAACGCCUCUCCGCCUUCAACCGUCGCGCCCUCCCACUCGUCGGCAACCCCUCGGCUACAAUCAACCCCACACGCAAAGACGCUGACCGCCGCACCAUCCUCGGCGGUCUUCCUGCUCCCGGUGCCACUUUCGACAAAUCCUUCGCUCCCACUGCGGGGGCGGACACGGACAGCGUCGACUCGCACCACCACGAGCUCGACUCGGACGACGACGCCCAAGUCGAUCAAGACUGCCUCGACUUUGACGCCUGCCAGGCCGCACAUCUGGGCAACAACAAGAAGAAGCGCAAGAGCAGCCGCUUCAGCCACCCGGGCCCCUCGGGUCCUGCCCUCCUCACCACCAGCAACACCAGCACCAAACAGCCCGUCUCCAACGCCUCCUUGCCUGACCAAGCUUCCACACGUCCAGCCUCCUCGAGCACAGAUCACCCACGUCGGGAUCGUGCACUGAGCGACAAGACCAACACCCUCGCCCACGAAGCAGCGCCAGCAUCGCUUGACCAUGACAAAGACUCGCCGCAUGAUGAGCUCGGCGGAGCCUCGAGCACACAAGCACAACCAAGUGCUUCACCCUUGCGCCUGCCCCCACGGCGCUCGGCAGGCGAGCACCGCCGCACUCUGCUGCGCAGCAGGAUCCGUCUUCGCCUUUCCCAUGCCAUCCUCAAGCGCAGACUCGACAUGCUGGAAGCAGACGCGCGCGCGCAUCGAGAGUUGUCAGAACGAGCCACACAUGCUCAUCCGUCCACGCCCGCUCCGCCCGACCAAGGAGCAUCCCACUCGCCAGAGCGGCGCAUGCCGCCCAAGCGCAUCUCCAAGGCCGGAAAACGAGCGCAGGCCAUUCGCGGCGCAAACACGUCCGUCAAACCACUCACCAUCGCAGAGAUCCGCGCCAGAACCGCAGCUGCCGCCGCCUCGGGCAGUGCACCCAGCAACCAGGAUUCGUCGCAACUGCAAGCAUCGCCGCGCCCGCAAGCCUCGCCGCAACGCCGUGCAGUCUCGCCCGCAGCAGAGCGCAUCAACAGCCGCGACACACCUUCCAAGGCCGGAGCGCCGUCCAAAGCCGAAGGUCGGACCAGCAGACGUCCGUCGCGCUCGAGUGCCGAGCCUGUGCCCCGGCCAGUUGAGCACGUGGAACAGGUCAAGCCUGGCGUGGUGCCGCCGGCGGGCAAGUUCCAGUUCCGCAUGGCCUCGGCGGUCUCGCUGCGCCUGCGCGAGGUGCGCUCGCAGCUCGAUGCGGCCACCCGCAACCUGUUUCACUCGGCCGAUGGCGGCGUGCCGGCGCCCAUCGAGGCGCCGCCUGCUGUUCACAGUGGCACCGUGUCCGCGCCGCAAGGUGCACAAUCCGAGUCGCGACAGCGCGAGCCGCUGGCGUGGGACGAACUUCCGCCGUGGGUGCAAGGCGCGCUGACGUACCAGCAGCAGCAAGCCGACACAGACGCCCGACUCGCGCGCUCCUCGCCGCGCCCUGCAAUCGCUCGCGAAGCCAAACUGGCGCCGCCUCCCACCUCGCAAGCAGCACCACCACGGGCAGAGCCGCGGACGACAGCUGGCAAGACGAAGGCAGCGGCGGGACGGCGGAACGCGCCGCGCAAAGCAGCAGCCGAGCCUGCGCACCAGCACGGCUCCGGGUGUCGGCACGGACACGGGCACGGGCACGGGCACGGGUCGUCGCGUGCGCACGGCACCGGCUCGGCGUUGUUCACUGCCGACGACUGGAUCUGUGUGUUUUGCGAGUACGAGCUGUACUAUGGCGAGACGCCGCUCAUGCUGCGUGCGUGCCGGAGCCGCAAGAAGCUUGUGCAGGGCAAAGCUAGGGCCAAGGGCAAAGGGCGGGCUGCGGGGGCGAAGGCGGCGAGCGAGCGCACUGCUGCGACGAGUCAUCAUGAUCAUGGGCAGAGUGAACAGGCGGGGCACUCGUGCUGUGGACACGACCAUGCGAGUACGGCAGGGUCGGACGGGUAUGGCGGGUAUGGAGGGAGAAGUGGCGGUGGUGGGCAUGCGCAUGACGAGCGCGACCGAUGUGACUGCGGCAACUCGAUCCACUCGAGCGACUUUGACGACGACCAUUGA